GAAACCUGGUGUCUGUGUAGUCCACCUCUUUACCCUUAAGUCAGUGAGGUACAGUAACUGGUUAUAUCUCAGUAAUGUAGUGCAAUUUAAAGAAAAAAGAGGUAUUGAUGCUGGUUCUAUUUAAGCCUCAUUGAACUGUGCUCAGGCAUUAAGCAGAUGAAAACUGAAAUAAUUACUAAAGCAGCAUUAGGUAGACGUAGAAAGUGUUAUCUUUCAGAUAAGACGACGCCCUCUCAUGCAGCUUGAGUUGUAAAGUGUGGAAAGGUAAAGUUGUCGCCAUAAAAGACAGAAUGACAGUGAAGUGAUUCACGAUGAAGACGUAUUUGCUAAAAGGUGGAAUUGUUGGAUCCCUUCUAAUUGUUGUAUACAUCAUCAUCUUCACCACUUCAAGUUUGAAAUCAGGCAGCUCCUCUCCAGAAGCGGACUCCAGCCGUCAUGACGUUUUGGAGAGGAAACUGGACAGGGUUGAACGCACCCUGAAGAAGCUGGCAAAGCUGAUAGAAGAAUCUGAUAAAAAGAGCUCCACCAAAGAACUUGUUAAAAGUGUGGGCCAAGAAAAACAGAAGAUUGUGAUUCCGAAGUUAUAUCCUGACUCCAUCCUGUUUGAAAAGUGGGGUGACGGCCUGUCAGAGCAGGAGCAGAAAGAGGCUGAAGCUCUGUUUCAUCUCUAUGGAUACAACGUCUUCCUGAGUAAUCAGCUGCCACUCGACAGGAAGCUUCCAGAGACAAGGGAUAGCAGAUGUUGGACAAAGAAAUACCCGAAGAACCUGCCGAAUGUCAGCGUGGUGCUGAUCUACGUAAACGAGGCUCUCUCUGUCAUUCAAAGAGCUAUAAGAAGUAUUAUCAACCGCACUCCAAAUCACCUGCUGAAGGAAAUCAUCCUGGUGGAUGACUACAGCACUUACAAUGACCUUGGAGAACGAUUAGAAAACUACAUAGAGAUUCACAAGGAGCAGCCUGGCCUCAUUAAGAAAGUCCGACAUAACCGUCAAAUGGGCCUGUCCCAGUCCAGGCUCACGGGUUGUGAGCACGCUUCAGGGGAUGUUGUUGCUAUCUUGGAUGCCCAUAUUGAAGUCGCAGAGGGAUGGGCAGAACCUUUGCUGGCCAGGAUCAAAGCGGACAGGACAGUGGUGGUGUCCCCUGUGUUUGACAAGGUCCAUUUUGAUGACCUUCAUGUGGAAAGAUACAUCCCAGCGUCUCAUGGCUUUGACUGGGCUUUGUGGUGCAUGUAUGAGAGCUUUGGCAAAGAGUGGUAUAAAAUGGACGACGAAUCUCAGCCUGGGAAGAGCCCCUCUGUUAUGGGCAUUUUUGCCGCAGACAGAGUCUUCCUUGGAGAAAUUGGCGGGCUUGAUGGAGGGAUGACAGUUUACGGGGGAGAAAAUGUUGAACUUGGGAUUCGUGUGUGGCUGUGUGGAGGAAGUGUCGAGGUCGUGCCUUGCUCCAGGGUCGCUCACGUUGAGAGGGCAUAUAAACCGUACGCACCUGAUCUGGACUCCGCAAUGAGGAGAAAUGCCUUAAGGGCUGCAGAAAUCUGGAUGGAUGAUUACAAGAAGAAUGUGGUCAUUGCCUGGAACCUUCCUCUCAAGAAUCAUGGCAUUGACAUCGGAGACGUGUCGGAGAGGAAGGAGCUCAACAAGAAGAUGAAAUGUAAACCCUUCCAGUGGUACCGGGACAAUGUUUAUCCAAGUCUGGAAAAAUGGGAUAACAUCUUAGGGUAUGGUAUGCUGCAGAACAACCUUCUUAAGAAGUAUUGUGUGGACCAGGGAGCUGUUCCAGGAAACAUCCCCAUCCUGUUUGAAUGCAACUUCAUACAGCCACAGUUCUGUUACUACAACACAGAAAGUGAAAUCAUCAUCGGUGGACUGAAAUCUCACAAAUAUAACAACAACCGUUGCCUGGUGGAUCCAGGCUCAGGAAGCUAUCCCACCCUGCAGGACUGCCAGGUGGCCAAACAAAACCAGCUUCACAUGCAUUGGGACUUCAAACAGGGUGAAGCCAUCAGAAACAAAGUGACCCAGAGAUGUCUUGAGGUCGCUCAGGGAGAAAACCUUUUUUAUGCUCUCAUAAUUCAGCAGUGCAGCGGACAGAGCUGGAGGAUCCAGCAUCUCUUCACAAGUUUUUAGCUCAAGUAAACUGAACAAGGUAUUGACAACAUGAUGAAAUAGAAACUUUUGGUGGAACAGUGAUCAGUUCUGUUGCCUCACAACGAGGAGGUUCCUGGUUUGAAUUCCCAUCUGACAGGAGCCUCUCUGUGUGGAGUUUGCAUGUUCUCCCCGUGCAGGCGUGGGUUCUCUCCAGAUACUCCGGCUUCCUCCCACAGUCCAAAGACAUGCUCGUAAU